CUUUCGUUCAAAGCAAUCCCUAUCGUGACUUGCAUGUUUACAGUCCGCCUUUAACACUCUGUCGCAACACGCUGUAAGGUCGACAAGUUAACAGGCGUUGUUCUCUGUAAGCUUAGAUAGGAUUUCCUUCGCAAACGAAUAAAGAGAGAUCGCACAGGCUAUAGUUGCCUAUACCAACGGAGCUGAUAAGAUGCCUCCUAAACUCUCCCUUGCUAUCUCGGUGGAGCCGGAGCCAGCCCCAUAUAAUAGUACCAACAUGGCGAGCAUACGCAUGAGCGACGACUCGCUUACAGUCCUCACGCAAUCAUACAACCCAGUAUCCUUUACAACUGAGGGUAUGCAACGGAAGAAUGAUGGACUAUCAUACAACAUCUCCGAAAAAGACAUCCGCAUUUUGAAGAAACUCGGUCAGGGCGCCAGCAGCAUCGUCCACAAAGGGUUUUUCAUCCGAGAGAACAAGUUCGUGGCCGUCAAAAAGAUCAAUGUGUUUGAGCGGGAGACGCGGCACCAGAUGCUGAACGACCUGAAGGCGCUGUGUGACGCGCCCAACGCGCCCGGCCUGGUUGCCUUCUACGGCGCCUACCACGUGCCGGAAAGCGGGCAGAUCUCCAUCGUGCUGGAGUACGUGGACGGGGGCUCGCUGGCGGACGUGCAGGCCAAGGUUGGCAAGGUGCCGGAAAACGUGCUGUCCAAGAUGACCGCCAAGAUCCUGAAAGCGCUGGCCUACCUGCACCGGGAGAAACACAUGGUCCACCGCGACAUCAAGCCCGCCAACAUCCUAAUGACGCUCAGCGGGGAGCCCAAGAUCACCGACUUUGGCAUCUCCGCAUUCAUCGACUCCACACUAGCGCAGUGCAACACCUUCCUGGGCACCGUCACCUACAUGUCCCCCGAGCGCAUCAACAACCAGUCCUACUCCUUCCCCGCCGACAUCUGGUCGCUGGGGCUGGCGCUGGUGGAGCUGGCGACGGGGAGGUACCCCUACGACGCCAGCGAGGGGCCGCUGCAGCUCAUGAUACAUGUCCUGCAGGAGGAGGCCCCGCUGCCGCCCGCCGGCCAGUUCAGCGAGGAGUUCCGCGACUUCGUGCGGCAGGCGCUGGCCAAGGAGCCGCACCGGCGCCCGCUGGCGGAGCAGCUGCUGGGGCACCCCUGGAUUCUCAAGUACGCUGACGACCCCGUCAGCCUCAAGUCCUUCAUGCAGUGCGCCUUCAACCCGCACGACAAGCUGGACGAGAUCGCAGUGGUGUUUGCUUUCAACUACUACGCGCACCUCAACGGGGGGCCGGCCAGGAUGAGGGACCUGGCGCCGCUCUACUCCAAACACUCGACCCUCCGCUACGACGGCGAUUGUGCGGUGGGUCGCGACGCCAUCAUGUGUCGGCUGGGCGGGGUGGCGGCCAUGCACGCGGGCUUCCGGGUGGCGCACGAGGUGGUGGACGUGGCGUGCCAGCCGCUGGGAUUCGACGGCAGCGCGCUGGUGAACGUGACGGGGCAGCUGGUGUCCCCCGCGGCGGGCAACAAGCCGCAACCCUUCACGGAGAUAUUCGUGCUCAGCCAAGUACAGGCGGGCGAGUACUAUGUGGCUAACCAGUGCUUCCGACUCAUCAAGUGAGGCGCGGCAGGGAGGUGGUAGGGAAGGAAGCAGGGAGGGAGGAGGGAGUGAGACAGUAGCGGCCUGUAGGGGUCUAGGACGGCUGUGGAGGCCGGCAGGUGGUGUGAUGUGGUUGCAUUUGUAGUUAUAUAACCAUGAGGGUGCUGCAACCCGCUCUUCAAUUAUACUCAAAUGCAUGCUCUUUUUACCAUGCGGGGCAGCUGCCUGCUUAUGAGGGUUUACUAGCUGGGUGGGGGAACACGGAACGGAGCUGCGGGGGGCCCAUAGGGGCUUUGCUGGAGGGCGGUGGAGGGUGGGUAUCACUGGAAAUGGACGUCAUUGAGGUAUUCUCGUUUAAAGUGUGCUGUGCGCGGGCAUUAGGCUAGGCAUGAUUAAACCACUUCACAGCAGGAAGGUGUAGGGACCUAGGCUUAGGGUAGUGGAGCAGCCAGGUACUUGGUGACCAGAGGAACUCUUGUACCGGUGCUGGCAUGCAGUCUGCGACGUCAUCUUGGGCGCACAUGCAGCCCGCGCAUGCAGUCAGCGACACUCGAUGACGUCGGAGCAGAGACGCAGACGAACACGUUCCACGUAAGGGGUGACUGCAAGCGAAUGUGGCAUGCGGGUGUGGCGGGGUGGAGAUGGAGAUGGAGAUGGAGGUAGGGGAGGCGCUGUUCCAAUGAAAGGGAAGGCACUGUUUCAGUGAGGGGGUGGCGUGUGGGAUAAGGGCGCCCUGCCGUGCCGGCGCGAGGCCGGUUCCCCACACGCGCACAAGGGGGGGUAGGGCUUGCUGCCGUUUUAUAGCUGCAUAGCACAGCAUGGCUGCAUUACCUGCGUAUUACUGUAUUAUGACUGUACUUUGAAGCCGGCUAGGAGUCCAGGAGAGAUGUGACCAUUACGGUGGGGUAUAUUUGGGUAUGUGUGUGCAUGCCUCUGCGUGUAUGUGUGUGCAUGCCUCUGCGUGGCACUACUGUGUGUGGCAACUGGGGGCGGACCCCGGUGGGAGGAAAUGUGCAUGCAGCUACGUUUGGAUGAACGGUUUGAGCAACUAGGAAGGACAUGCUACAAUUAUGGUGCCUAGGCAUGGUUUGCAUGGACGCAAAUCCCUCCGUUUACAAGGCUGGCAUGUCACAACCUUACAACGGUUUGUAAUCUUGCUAGGACACGGACGGCUGGUGGUACGCUGACAACACCAACGCCACAGUGGGCACCAUGCAUAGACCCGUAACUGAGCGUCAGUUCGGGUGAGCGCACAUCCGAAGGUACAGGUCUAGGCAAGAGCUGCACAGGACGUAGCGUGGCACGGUUUGAUGAUACGGGGCCAAUACUAGAUGGACGCAUUACACAUGGCUGCACCCUCACUGGAUAGAUACGUUCCCUGUCCUGG